AUGCCGGAUACCAACGAGGGCUGGCCCGAGGACUUCGGAUUCCGGCUGGGCGGCUCGGGCCCCUGCUUUGUCCUGGAGGUGGCUGAGGGGAGCAGUGCGCACGCCGGGGGGCUGAGGCCUGGGGACCAGAUCCUGGAGGUGGAGGCGCUGGCCGUCGGCGGCCUGAGCCGCGAGCGCCUUGUGCACCUGGCCCGGCGCUGCCCGCGCGUGCCACCCAGCCUCAGCGUGCUCCCGGGCCCCGACGGCGGUCCCGGCCCGGGAUCCAGUUUCGCACCCACGACGGCAGCCUGGCGGCCCGGGCGCGGCGGCCACGGCCUACUUGUGGGCCGCGAGCUGCUGCGCCUGGCGGGCUGCAAACGCUCGGACACGGUGCACCGAGAGUGCAGGCGCAAGGCCCAGGAGUUCAGCCGCAAGGUGGACGAAGCCCUGGGGGACCAGCCCACGGCCAAGGAGCAGGUAUUCCUCGCCCUGAAGCAGUUUGCCGCCGAGCAGCGGGUGGACGACCUGGUCUGGGUGCUGACCCUGGCACUGCCCCGCGAGGCCCGGGGACCACUCCUGGACAACCUCAGGAUUUUCAUCCCCAAGAAGCACCGGGCGCGCUUCGACGAGGUGGUGUCGCAGGGCCUCCUGGGCAAGCUGUGCCGCGCUCGACGGGCGCAGGGCGCGCAGCGGUUGCGCCGGAGCCACAGCGAGGAGCGGCCCGAGCGCCUCCUGGUGUCCACGCGCGCCAGCGCCGCCCCGCGCCGCCCCGACGAGCCGCCCCCGCGCAAGGCCGCCUCGCUGGUGGGGGGCCGCGUCGGCCCGGGGGGCGCGCGCAGGACCGUCCGCGUCUAUAAGGGCAACAAGAGCUUCGGCUUCACGCUGCGCGGCCACGGCCCUGUGUGGAUCGAGUCUGUCCUGCCUGGGAGCCCGGCUGACAAUGCGUCCCUCAAGUCGGGGGACCGGAUCCUCUUCCUCAACGGACUGGACAUGAGGAACUGCUCCCACGACAAGGUGGUGUCCAUGCUGCAGGGAAGUGGCGCAAUGCCCACGCUGGUGGUGGAGGAGGGGCUCGUCCCGUUCGCCAGCGACUCUGACUCUCUGGAUUCCCCCAGCUCGUCCUCGGCGCUCACCUCCCUGCAGUGGGUGGCGGAGAUCCUGCCCUCCAGCAUCCGCGUGCAGGGGAGGACCUUCAGCCAGCAGCUGGAGCACCUGCUCACGCCUCCCGAGCGCUUUGGGGUCUGCCGGGCCCUUGAAAGCUUCUUCCAGCACAGGAAUAUUGACACCCUCAUCGUUGAUGUCUACCCGGUGCUGGACACGCCUGCCAAGCAGGUGCUUUGGCAGUUCAUCUACCAGCUGUUGACUUAUGAGGAGCAGGAGCUCUGCCAGGAGAAGAUCGCCUGCUUCCUGGGGUACACGGCCAUGACGGGUGAGCCAGAGCUGAAACCCACGUCGGAGCUGGAGCUGGAGUCCGAGCCGGAGCCCGAGCCCGAGCCGCAGCCCCGGAGCUCCGUGCGGGCUGCCUCCGUGUGCCGCCGCAGCCUGCGGGCCCAGGGCGUCGAGGCCAGCCUCGGCUGCGGCCCCGGUGACCACCCUGAGAUGCCCCUUCCUCUGAUCCCAGGCGAGCGCCAGGCAGGUGACGGCACGUCCCUCCCUGAGACCCCGAACCCCAAGAUGAUGUCUGCUGUCUACGCGGAGCUCGAGUCCCGACUGAACAGCAGCUUCAAGGGGAAGCUGGGGACCAUGUCCAAAUCCCGGGCCUCCCCACCCGUGCCCAGCUCAGCAGGUCCCACAGGGCCCAGGACCCUGUCCAGCGUUUCGUGGCCCAGCGAGCGGCUCCUGCCCUCCCCCUGCUACUACCCGCUGUGCUCAGGGGGCCUGGCCUCCCCCAGCAGCUCCGAGUCCCACCCCUACGCCAGCCUGGACAGCAGCAGGGCGCCCUCCCCACAGCCAGGCCCUGGGCCUGCCCGGCCCGACAGCCCCCCCAGCCCGGACCCUGCCCGCCCGCCCAGCCGCAGGAAGCUCUUCACCUUCUCCCGCCCGGUGCGGAGCCGAGACACGGACCGCUUCCUGGACGCGCUGAGCGAGCAGCUGGGGCCCCGGGUCCCCGUCGUGGAUGACUUCCUGACCCCUGAAAACGACUAUGAGGAGAUGAGCUUCCACGACGACCAGGGCAGCUUUGUAACCAAUGAGCGGAGCAGCGCCAGCGAGUGCGUCAGCAGCAGCGAGGAGGGCAGCUCCCUGACCUACUCCUCCAUCUCCGACCACAUCCCCCCGCCCCCGCUCAGCCCCCCGCCACCUCCUCCCCUGCCCUUCCACGACCCCAAGCCCCGCUCCCGCACCCCUGAUGGGGCCCGGGGCCCGGGUCAGGCACUGGCCAAGCCCCACACCCAACUCGGCCACCCGGUCCCUCCCCCACCCCCACCUCCCCUGCCCCCACCCGUGCCCUGUGCGCCCCCCGUGCUGUCCCGAGGCCUGGGCCACCGCCGCAGCGAGACCAGCCACAUGAGCGUCAAGCGCCUGCGGUGGGAGCAGGUGGAGAACUCGGAAGGCACCAUCUGGGGACAGCUUGGGGAAGACUCUGAUUAUGAUAAGCUGAGCGACAUGGUGAAGUACCUCGACCUGGAGCUCCACUUUGGCACCCAAAAACCUGCUAAGCCGGCGCCCCGGCCCGAGCCCUUCCGGAAGAAGGAGGUGGUGGAGAUCCUGUCCCACAAGAAGGCCUACAACACCUCCAUCCUGCUGGCGCACCUGAAGCUGAGCCCCGCGGAGCUGCGGCAGGUGCUGAUGAGCAUGGAGCCCCGGCGCCUGGAGCCCGCGCACCUGGCGCAGCUGCUGCUCUUCGCGCCCGACGCCGACGAGGAGCAGCGCUACCAGGCCUUCCGCGAGGCGCCCGGCCGCCUCAGCGAGCCCGACCAGUUCGUCCUGCAGAUGCUGUCGGUUCCCGAAUACAAGACCCGCCUGCGCAGCCUGCACUUCCAGGCCACCCUCCAGGAGAAGACGGAGGAGAUCCGGGGCAGCCUCCAGUGCUUGCGCCAGGCCUCCCUGGAGCUCAGGAACAGCCGGAGGCUCGCCAAGAUCCUGGAGUUCGUGCUGGCCAUGGGCAACUAUCUCAACGACGGACAGCCCGAGACCAACAAGACCACGGGCUUCAAGAUCAACUUCCUGACCGAGCUGAACUCCACCAAGACAGUGGAUGGGAAGUCCACCUUCCUGCACAUUCUCGCCAAAUCGCUGAGCCAGCACUUCCCUGAACUCCUGGAUUUUGCCCAGGACCUGCCCACCGUGCCCCUCGCUGCCAAGGUGAACCAGCGGGCCCUGACCAGCGACCUGGCUGACCUCCACGGCACCAUCAGUGAGAUCCAGGCCGCCUGCCAGAGCAUGUCCCCCUCCAGCGAUGACAAGUUUGCUGUGGUCAUGGCAUCCUUCCUGGAGACGGCGCAGCCGGCGCUGCGGGUGCUGGACGGGCUGCAGCGCGAGGCCAUGGAGGAGCUGGCCAAGGCGCUGGCCUUCUUUGGGGAGGAUUCCAAAGCCACCACCUCCGAGGCCUUCUUCGGCAUCUUCGCGGAGUUCAUGAGCAAAUUCGAGCGAGCGCUCACUGACCUGCAGGGCGGAGAGGGCACGCGCAGCUCGGGGAUGAUUUCGCCCCUGGCCUGGUGACGGGGGCGACCCCGCAGCCCCGGCGGCCUGACUCGGUCCGAGGCGGAGACCCGCGCCUCCCCCGGGGACCUGGGGCCGCUGCGCGCCCAGUAGGCACGGCCGGCCCAGGGCGAUGGGGAAGGGCCUGGCCGCGGGCCCCGGCGCCCGCCUGCGUCUCCACUACCUCAGCCGUCGAGCUUCAGGCCGGCUCAGGCCGAGACGCCCCCACCCCCACCCCGCCCCGAGAGUCAGGAGCGCGGCGUGGCCCUCCAAGGGACGCUGAGGCCCGGGCCAGCGUGGAGCCGGCGGUCGGCAGGGACCUGGAGGAGCUCAGCCCAGUCCGCAGCCCUCGGCUUCCCACGUCUUCCCCUACCUCGCUCCCAGGCGCAUUGCAAUAAAGUGCUGGCUGAGGGUGCCCUCAGGAUGUCGGGGUCUCUCGGCGGGGUGGGGAGGGGGACUGCAAGCAGGGCCACCAGGCUGUGGGUGGAUUGCGAAGUGGCCACUGUCCUAGGGCAGUGUCUGGUUGUCUCCUCUGCUCGACCAGAGCAUGCACAGGUCCCGUGAAAGGACGUCCCACCCCUGCUGCAAGUGGGCCCCAGGGAAAGCAGAGGUGGAGGGAGCCGGGCUUGAGCCGGCAACACCAGUGGACAUAAGGUCUGCAGGUCCCCCAGCAACCCGGGGUGCCUCCUGGUGUGUGGGGUCGGGGUGUCAGGCAGGCAGGAAGGAGAGCCCAGUGUACAGGGCGCCUGAUGCUGGUUUUGGAAGCUGGGGGGAACUAUGGAUGGCUAGAGGAGGGGGGCAGUCAGGAGGGAGUCCCAGAAAGACUGGAUCACCCUUCAUGUCAGACGGCAGCAUCAACGUUCCAUUCCAGUGGGCAAAUUCAAAUCCAGGCAGGCAGAGCUAUCAGGGUGCUGGGAGUGGAUGCGGAUUGUCACGGUGGGGGCAGAGAGAACCAGAGAUGUUUAGGCUGUGCAUGAGCAGGAUUUGGUGGCAGAUUGCCAGGUUUCUCACCUAGAUGGGUGGGGACAGUGGUCCCCGGGUAGCUCACGUGAGCAGAGCAGGUUGGGGAUGGAUGAUACAAUUUGGGACAUAUUUGGAAUCCUGGUGUUCCAGUUUGCUAACACUGCCGUUAUGCAAAAUACCAGAAAUGGAUUGGCUUUAAU